CUUUCUAGUCGUUUUGUGCGGUUAUGUUGUGUCUAAAUUAAAUGGGAUUGUAAACCAAGUGGCUAACUGUUAAUGAAGUUCUAUUGAUCAAAAACUGGCAAAUUUUACAUUUUUCUGGUAAAUUUGCAUUAUGUAGGGCAGCGUACAUGAAACGUUAUAGCUCACUGUAACCUAUGCUCUGGAUGAAACAAAGGCUUUGGCAAAAGCAGUCAGCAUGGCGACUCCAGUGCCCGUACUCCGCCUGCCCAAAGGACCUGACCCCAACAGCCGUGGAUUUGACCCCAACUCGCCCCGCUUCAUCGCUCUCUGCCGAACCUCCAUUUCCUCCUCAGCAGCUUCAGAUACCGACAGCGAGCAGCUGCAGAAAGAGCAGCAUGCUCGAUCUGUGCUGAGAGAGGGCUUCCUCCGGUGCUUGCUCUCCAUGACCAACAAGAAGGUUCAGUUCCAGAUGUACGAGAAUGUGAAGGUGGAGGCCACAUUUGGGGCAUCAGACAUUGACGUGCUGAACUUUCAGGUGUCUGACCUGCACACUCCCAUUGGGGUGCAGAAAGAGGCUCUAAUCAGAUGUCAGGAUGUGAUAUCAUUCACCUUUGAUGUAUAAACAUGUUGCUGUUGUGUGUGCGGUGGACUGGAUUAUAUGCUAGUGGUUUAACUGCAUUCAACAAGCAGUCCCACUGUUUUAACACAAGAGGGAGUCGCGUGCCUUUGUGUCAAGAGGUAGCCAUCCAAACCUGAUGGCAGAGUUUAGUGGUUGCACCAGAGCUCAGUGAUACUCUUGAGUUAAAUAUCAGAAGUGCCACUAGUGGUUUCAUAACAAGUCUCAACAAAUGCCUGAGGUAGAGGCUGUAACAGUCUGCAAAGUUAAAGAAGUGCAACACUUCAAAGAUAAUGCAGCUUUUUGAGGUCAGUGAAUCCUGCCAGAUGUCACCUGACAUUUAGCCUCAGUAUCAUGUUUAUGAACAGGUUUCCUGUCUCAGUUAAACAUCAGAGUUAGAUAUGUACAAACAUAUUACUGCUGUACUGGUGCUGGAGUUGUGAAAUUGCCUCAUUCAAUUUAACUGAAUGAGGUAUAUAACAUAUUGCACUUAAAAGAAACCCUUUUGUAUUCUCUGUGAAAGUGAUCAGGACUGUGUGGCAAAAUGUUAUUUUUUGCGAAAUAAAAUGUCUAAAGAAAUAA